CCAGAAAAAAAAAAAAAAAAAACGGGAAGAAAGAAAGAAAAAAAAAAAACCGCUCUCCCUUUGAGGUUGGUUUCAUUUUCCACUGCAGACCACCACUGCAUCACAUCUCCGGAGUCCAGACUGAAAGCAAAGUCAUGGCAGUACAUUCACAAACUACUACAAUUGUGACAUCCCAGCAUGUCUCCUCUGGUACCUGGACUACAGGCAUCUGUGACUGCUGUUCUGAUAUGAGCACUUGUUGCUGUGCCCUUUGGUGUUUCCCGUGUAUGCAGUGUCAGACUGUGUCUCAGUUUGGCUGGUGUUUCUGUAUGCCGUUACUGGACUGCUGCAUGGUGGUGUCUUGCUGUCUCCGCCAGAAGAUGAGAGAGCAAUAUAACAUUCAUGGUUCCUGCUGCGAUGAUUUUUGCACUAUCUUCUGCUGUUAUCCUUGUGCCUGGUGUCAGAUGUCUCGUGAAAUCAAGAUUCGUGCUCAUUCUGGGACUGUGGUCACCCAACAAAUUACACGUAGUUAGAGAUCUGUUUUGCUGUGAGUUAUGGGCAAAAAUUAAUGCUGGUGAUAAAAACUGAUGCCCUCUAUCUAGUGGUGAUUCGUAAACAGCAAAGUCCUUUAUAUUGCAUGCUUCACUAUGUUUUUCCUGUUUAUUGUGCUGUUUAUAUAAUAAACAAAUGUUUGUAACUCACUUUUCAUACAAGCUAUAAAAAAAAUAAAAAUAAAUAAAAAUAGGCAUGGCAUGUGAAAAACAGAUAGCAUAAAACAAACAUCAUUAUUGCUUCACAAUGUUAUGGUACAUUUUGUAUUAGUUGAAAAUCAUUCCAGUAAUAAAAUGAUGAGGUAAUAGAAA